UAUGUGGUCACCUGAUACCCAGAGUUUCAGAGGCACAGGUAACCACAGGCAACCAGCAACCAAUGGGCUUUACUCCAGCCCCCUGAUAUAUAAGGGGAUGUAGUCUCCACACUAGCUCUCUUGGUUCCUGCUCUUACUUCCUGGACACUAAAGCGAGCACCAGUCCUGUACAAGUCCAGUCGAGCUAGGCCAAAGCCUACAAGUCUGCAGCCACAUCUAAUCUGUCUGACUCUCAUUAUAGAUAACACUAAUACCCCAUCGGCAGUCUCACCUUCUGACAAUACAUAAAGGAUUCUAACCAAGGCUGCAAAAAGGAGAAGGCCAGGAGAGGGUUAAUGCGAGCGGCCUGUGGCCCAGCGGUAGUUUUUGUCUGAGCAGGGUGGUGGAUCCAUGAAGCAUAUGCUGAUGAGGGAGCGACUAAUGUGCACUUCACUGACCACUUCACGCUGCUCGAGUGCUGCCGGCAAUUACCUCUCCUCAGGAGCCUAACCUCUUGUUCCGGAGGAUGAAGUGGCCCCAAUCCAGCGCAGCAGAAGGACCAGCGGCCAAAAGUCACCCACAGGGGCAUGUCACCCGCCAGACGGCACCUGAUCCUCCCCAGGUCAGCGCCUGAGGCUUCACCAGACAUGUCUAGUGAGGAGACACCAGUUCCUGAGAGCGAGACUCUACCAGCAGAUACUGAAGCUUCAUCCACGGAGAAUGUUCCAUCAGACAGCACAGAUGCCCCCUCAGAGGACAGUAAACCCUCUACAGAAAGUGAGUCUCCGGAUGCUGAGGCUCCAUCAACAGAAAACGAGGUUCCACCACUAGACACUGAAGCUUCAUCCCCAGACACUGAACCUCCAACCACAGAUGGGGAAACUCCAUCCACAGACGGUGAAGCUCCAUCCACAGACAGUGAAGCUCCAUCCACAGACAGUGAAGUUCCAUCCACAGAGGCUGAGGCUCCAUCCACAGAAGCUGAAGUUCCAUCCACAGAAGCUGAAGCUCCAUCUACAGAAGCUGAUGCUCCAUCCACAGAAGCUGAAGCUCCAUCCACAGAGGCUGAGGCUCCAUCCACAGAAGCUGAAGCUCCAUCCACAGAAGCUGAGGCUCCAUCCACAGAAGCUGAGGCUCCAUCCACAGAAGCUGAAGCUCCAUCUACAGAAGCUGAAGCUCCAUCUACAGAAGCUGAUGCUCCAUCUACAGAAGCUGAUGCUCCAUCCACAGAGGCUGAGGCUCCAUCCACAGAAGCUGAGGCUCCAUCCGCAGAAGCUGAAGCUCCAUCAGCAGAGGCUCCAUCCACAGAGGAUGAGACUCCAUCCGCAGAAGCUGAGGCUCAAUCCGCAGAGGCUGAGGCUCCAUCCACAGAGGCUGAGGCUCCACCCGCAGAUCCUGAAUCUCCAUCUGAAGACCCAGAUGAUCUGUCCACGAAUGUUGUGGCCAUUGCUUGUGAGGCUCCACCCGUACCGAAUGAAGCCUCCCCAGUUGACCCAGAAGCUUCAUCCACAGAGAAUCAGACUCCUUCAGCGGAAUCUGAGGCCCCGGUCUCAGAAAAUGAGACUCCAUUAACAGAAAAUGAAGUAGAAUCCCAGGAGUCCUCCCAGGAGCCAAGUGAGGUGGCACCAACUGAAGAACCUGUCAGUGAUGUUCAAUCUAGUGAGCCACAGGAGGUGACGGAGAAUCAAGAAUAAGGUUCAUCUGUGAAUAGAUACAUCAAAGCCGGAACCGAGUUGCUCAAAUCUGCUGUGAAUCCCAAAGUGUUCGAUUUCUGACCAGUAGCAAGAAGUAAAUUUUUUGGAAGUAUGUGAGGAUGUCCGUGGCCGAGCUGUCCUCCUGAAUAGUCGCCUCGAUGUGUAAAGCCUCAGCAGAAGUUUACACUUUCUAUACUGUCCCUCGCCAGGACAACACUCUGUCAUUCUCUUUGUGUGGGGUAUAACAUUUGCUUUUCCUUUCUAAUGGAACUUUUUGAAAUAAAGCUCAGGAAUAUCUCUAUCAAGUCAA